AUACUUAUAUGAUUGUUUAGAGUACAAGUGGGCGGGACUGUUUGAGAUAUAUGUAUAACCCUCUGCAACCCAUCAUUUCCCGCGCUUUCGUGAAGAUGUCAGCUGCUGUAUCCGGUGUGAGGUGUGAGCUUGAGCGGAUGCCCGAGAUCUCAUUCCAAUGACUAAAGACGGAUUUCUAAUUUUAUAAAAAUACGCGAAACUAUUGCGCCCACAUACCAGUUGUAAGCUUCGACCCAUGAUGUCCCGAGUAUAAAUACCUCGUAGACCUGGGCACCGUCAUUGACAGCUGAUGUGAACUCGCCACCCACACCACCAACACUAAGUGUAAACCUUCAACAAACUAUCAUCGACAGCAAUGGAACUGGUGAUUUGUUUACUCCUCGGAAUUACUGUUGCCAGUGCUGCCUCUCCUCCAGACAUGUACGGUGAGAUGCAGGUUGAUUCUCAUGACUGGACUAUCGGUCACAACACACUGGGGGAGCGAAACCCAAUACCAAGAGGUUGCAGCGGGAAACCAGCAGAUGUUUUCUUGGUUUUUGAUACAUCAGGAGAUGUAACUCCAGCGCAAUUAGCAAAGCAGAAGAAAUAUGCCAUUGACUUGUUACGAGUAUUUACUUUUGGUGACAAAAGCACUCGCAUCAGUGUUGUGACGUAUGCUGAUGAGGUCAUGAAUGUUUCAUCAUUUGAAGAUGGUACAAACAUAGGGAACGCUACAUCAACAAUCAUGUACGAUGUUCCACUAGAAACAACCGGUCCUUGCAAAAUCGACAAAGCGUUACAAUACAUUUCAACGGACGGCUUUUCUAAUUCAAGCAUGAGGCGUGAGGUUGCACAUCUCGCCAUUUUGUUUGUGGGAAACAGAAUAACCAACAGAAAAGAAGCCAAGAGGCAUGCAAGAGAUUCGAAGGCUAAAGGAAUGUACCUGUACACUGUUGGUCAGAGUACCGCCAUCAGAAAACAACUCUCCUCUAUUUCUUCCCGCCCUGCGAAAACGUUUGUGUUCUCUAACGACGAUGACAGGAUAGUUCAGUCCCUGAAAGAUCUGCUGAAGAUACAUCUUUGCGAAUUCCAAAUAGAGCCGCCAGCAAGCCUGCGCAGACCAUCAUACUGCCACGUCAGCAGGCCUGUGGAUUUGAUAUUUUCUGUAGAUGAGAUAAGUAUUGGCGCUAGAAAUGCUCAGAAGAUUUUUAAUCUGAUAGAAUUUUUGAUGUUAAAUAUUAACAAUCAAAGCAACGGGUUGAAGGUUGGUCUGGUGAGCAGUAAAAUAAACUUCAAAGCUGUAAGCAGAGGAUUCAGCACAGUGGAAGACUUCAGCAACAGACUUAGCAGUGUAGCCAUUUCUGAUCAUGGUGACAUCAUAAAACGGGCACGGCGCAUGCUCAGACGGGGACGCGCAAAUAGUCAAAAGACAAUAAUACAUUUUGUCGACAGCAAUAUUGAUAUCACGAAACACGCCCUUUUUGAAGCGAAGAAAAACAAGAGAGUUAAACUGGAAACAUUUGUGAUCGCGACAGGGUCUGGUUUAGACCAACGUUCAUUGGAAAAGAUUGCCAGUCAUCAUAGUUCUCAACACGUUUUCCUUGUAAAAGAUUAUCACAUGAUGGCAUCCGUGGGACCAAACAUCUUGAAAACAGUUUGUGCUUCAUGGUAACGGAGCAAACACUAAACCAUUGUGGUAUGUUUGUGUGGCUUCUGUUUCAAUAUAGACAGCAAAAGCGGUAUGGACUGUGAUGAAGGACUGUUGUGUUAUGGCAUGUAAAUACGGAAGACAAAGAUGGCUCAGCCAUUCAUGUAAAUCUAUUCUUUCUGACUAACCGCAGUAUCUACAACGUUUGCAUUAAAAUGUUAUAAAACUUCAUUAGGUAUCGGGAUGUGGAUAACUUUCUAUACUGAAAUUAGGUCAACACCUCACAUAAACGUUCAUAUAUGAAUAUCCUCCAUAGUAAAAACACGAAGAGCUGUGUUUUGCAGGCGUCUAGUCAAUGUUGAACCAAGUUAUAGGUUCAUGGUAACGUUAUUGUUAUAGGCAAAGUACACUUCCGAUUGUUUCUUGCGCCAACAGCUAUGCUGGAACAAUUUUGGUGUAGUAGAUUUAACGUGCAAAAUUGUAUUAUUAAGCGUUUUUUAAUUGUUCUAACAGUAUUUAAAAUAUCAUGGUUAAUAAUAGAUAAACAGUAUGAACAUUCCACAGGAGAUUUACUCUGAUAUAUAUUAUGUUUAUAAGUAUGUAAAUUAUGAAUGUCAAAAUGUAAUUUUAACGAUUGUGAAAGCAGUGUUUGGUAUGGUGAUCGCAGUCGGUAUGUUGUAAGUUAACAUAUGUUAGGUUGUUUUAGUGUAUUGCUGUAAUAAAAAAAAUUGGAAUAGUU